AGGCUGGCCCCGUGCAGGGUGCACCCAGACUGUCCUGGCCAGAAGCGCGCAGUAGGUUCCGGGUCCCGUGACUCUCAUGAUUGCAUCGCCGGGUGCGCGGACGGAGGAUCUGUCCUGUCAGCCUUGGAGAAGAAGUUCCCAAAGCCGUGUCGCCCAUGGCGGGCGAGGGACUCGGGCAACAGGGCACAAUGGCCACCGCGGCGCCGGAGACCCGAGAGCACCUCUUUAAGGUGCUGGUCAUCGGCGAGCUCGGCGUGGGCAAGACGAGCAUCAUCAAGCGCUAUGUGCACCAGCUCUUCUCCCAGCACUACCGCGCCACCAUUGGCGUGGACUUCGCCCUCAAAGUCCUCAACUGGGACAGCAGGACGCUCGUGCGCCUGCAGCUGUGGGACAUCGCGGGACAGGAGCGGUUUGGCAACAUGACCCGAGUAUACUACAAGGAAGCUCUCGGAGCAUUUGUAGUCUUUGAUGUAUCUAGAAGUUCUACAUUUGAUGCAGUCCUAAAGUGGAAAAAUGAUCUGGAUAGUAAAGUUCAUCUUCCCAAUGGCGACCCCAUUCCUGCUGUCCUCCUAGCUAACAAAUGUGACCAGAAGAAGGACAACAGCCAGAGUCCUUCCCAGAUAGACCAGUUCUGUAAAGACCAUGGCUUCAUUGGAUGGUUUGAAACCUCUGCCAAGGAUAAUAUAAAUAUUGACGAGGCCACCCGCUUCCUAGUGGAAAACAUGCUUGCAAACCAGCAAAGCUUUCCUAGUGAAGAAAUCGACAUGGACAGAAUUAAACUGGUCAACGAGCCCCUCACAACAAAGCCCAGGUCCCAGUGCUGCUGAUGGCAGUGCUGCUGAUGCAUCUCUGUGCCCUAUAUGCUGUCUCCUUGGCCCUGUGUGUGUCUGAGAAUGCCCUCUCCCAACCCUAGCUCCCACUGUCCCCUGUGAAUCUCCCUCGGGGGCUCUUUACCACUCAGCUGUACAGGAAUCGCCCAUCUGAAGCUGAAGAGCCAUGGAGAACUCUUCCCACUCGAGGCCCUGUGACUUACCAGUGGCCCUCAGGCUCUUUGUGUACUGCCAAAUGCAGACUAAUGUUUACAGCCUUUGAAAUACUUUUGUAGAUGAAUUUCAAAAGUUAGCUUUUAGUGUGAGUGCUAGGUGGACUAGUAGAAAAAGUUCCCUUCGCAUGGCGAUCCUGACAUCUUGAGCAUCUUUGUUCCUGUACACAUCCUCACCUAAGCACAUUUUUUUUUCUUUUCUAAGGUGUUAGCUACAGAGACUUGAAGGUCCCACGAAGUUAUAUUUUAGUCAAGACUUUGUAUGUCAUGUAAAAUUUUCAUCCUUAAAUAACAUGAUUCUAGAGCACAUAGCCUGUUGUGUAACGAAGUCACUCUGAGUUACCUUAAGAACCCCUUCUUCAAUUAGUCAAAAAGUACUGAGCUAGGGAUGUGGCUCAUUUAUAUUGAGUGCUUACCUAAAAUGUGGUAGACUGUCUGGAUCUGCAGUUCUGAGAGAUCAAAGAGUUAGCACCAUACCUGUUUUAUGGGUGUCUCCCUCCCUCCGGAUCCUCUCUAGGUGUGCUUGUCACUACCACCUGGAAACAAUAUAAAUGAACAUUUUUUUUCUCUGCCCUCUAUUCUGUGUUUAUAGCCUCGUGCCAUAUUGAAGAUACAGUGGCACUAAGUGGAACUUGUCUUUCCAGAUGUGUCAUGGUAAUAAUGGUCAGGAGAGGAAUUCUUUUUUCAAAGCGUAUGCAAUUAUAUCCAAGUUUCUGUAGUGUAAAACCUGAAAGAGAGUAGACUAUGUCUAGAUUUGUCUGUGGUUUUGGAUACUGGCUGUAUAAUGCGUAGGGCAUUUAGGAAGAUCCACUCUAUUGUAUUGCCUUUAUCUCAGUGAGAGAAAGGGAUAAAUACUUUAACCUAAGCCCGUGUGUUGAAUGAAUGUAGUUCUAGGAAGGCACUUUUCUGGUUUAGACAAUGUGUUUGACUGAGGUGUUGGUUCACAUCUGUCAUCCCAGCCUGCAGGAGACAGAGGCAAAGGGUUCAUGGCAUAGCUUGGCUACAAAGCAAGCCCAAGGACAGCCUGUGCUACACAAGAG